AUGGCGGCGGCGGCCGCUGCGCCGGGCGGGGCGAGCCCGGGGCUGGCGGCGGCGGAGCGCCUUGUGUGUGUGGACAAGAAUGUGGCUUCUUCCAAACUCUAUGUCCUGGAGCCAUGGAUUGCUGACCUCUUGGUGAAUUACGAGCGAGUGGAUGAGCGUGAGAAUUUCCUGGCUGGGCAGGUGGUGCGGGUCUUGAGUGACUCGAGUGCAGCUGGCCAGCCUGGGCUCCUCCAGGACGCUGUGGUGCAGGUCUCUGACGGAUCCUGCUACAUCCGUGUGGUCAUUACAGCCGAGGCUCUGCAGGCAGAGGAAAACGCCCACCUGCAGCUCAGGCUUUCCAGCCUUAAUUGCAGAAUUAUCGUCCUGCAGAAGUACACGGUGUGUUUUCAGGACGAGGCCAGGCUGGAGGACUGCGAGUUUUACCUCACGGCCCAGCAGUUCAUCGUGCUGCCCAUGCAGAGGCAGAGGAUGGAAUCAUCUGAUGGGAACCAGGACCCCUCUGUGGUGAAGAAGAUAAAGGAGCUCUGGCUGAGGAAUCUUGCUGUGAGGAAUGCUCCCAGCUCAGAGCCCUCUGUCUCUCAGCUGAUUGAUGCCAUAGGACAGAACCAGCUGGAGAUUUUGAAGGAAAAUGCUGAGGAAUGCUUGGAUUUAUGGAAAUCAAAGGAGAAGCCAGUGACAGUGGAGGACGAGGUUCCCAUCACCCAGUGGGAGGUAGAGCGCAAGAAGGAGCAGUGUGAGGACGUUUUCAUGGUCCCAGUCAGUGCCCUGGUGAUCCCUCCUGAGGAGGAGGCAGUUGUUUGUGAUUCUUCUGAGGCAGUGUCUGCAGGGUACACAGAUACAAGCCAAGCAGCUCCUGGAAAGAGUAGUGAUGACAGGACAGUGCCAGGAGACCCAAGUGUUGUAUCUCAAAUCAGCUCCUGUCUCCAUAGCAGCAGUGCUCCAGCCCUUGGAUCAUCCUCAUGGCCUCCUAUGAACGCUCCAGAUCCCAUCCAGCCUUUAGUUUCCUCUACAGUUGGCUCAGCCCAUCUCCCUGGAUUGAGUGGAGGAGAUGUUGCAUCACCAACCUUGUCAGAUAGCCUGGAGGGAUCCCUGGACAACCCCUGGAACGGGAUGCCCUCGUUGUCUUUGACCCCGAGCUCUUCAGAUGAGAAGACCUUUCAAUCUGACCCUCCCCUGAAGACCCAGAAAGAUGUGGCUGCUGACAGCAACACCACUGACCUGUUGGAAUUGUGUAGCCAGAGCUCUCCUGAGGGCUCACCCCGGGGAGAGCCAGCACAGACCUCCUCUCCCUCCCUGCUCUGCUGCUACAGCCAUCCCAGUCUGGCAGAGAUCAGCACCAGUGAGGCAGCAUCAGCUGCAGAGGCAGCCUGGGAUGCCCUGUGUGCUGAUCAAAGCCUGCAGAGAUCCAGGGGCUCUCAGCCCGCCCUGCCCACUCUUUCUCCAGUUUUCCCAGUCUUGCCCAGCAGCAGCUUGAAAUCGCCACCUGGCAGGAUUCCUCACAGGGAGCAGGCCUGCUCCAGUGGCACAGCUUCCUCUACAGAGGCGUUGAAGCCUGGACUGGCUCACACCAGGACAAAGGGAGGAGAGACUGUGGGUGCCAAGAGGAAGCUGGUGGAGGAAGAUGAGCAGGCCUCCAGUGAGCAGCAGCAUCUCCCAGGCACCUCGAAGCGCAGGGGGAGAGGCACACGCAAGGGAUUGCUGCUCAAGAGCUCACGGGGUGCAAAGAAGAGCAGAAAGGAGACAGGGCUGCGGAGUAGAAAGGGGCUUGAGGAGGAAGAGGAACAGGAGGUGGAGGAGGAGGAAAUGGAGGAGGAGGAAGAGCAAGCAUCCCCUGCAAGAGCUGGGCCCAGCUCCAGGCCGGAGCAGUGCAGCGCUCGGGAGCCGUUCGUGGAGAGACCACCCCAGUACCAGUACGAGGCACCGAGCCCUGAGCUCUGCCAGCAGGUACAAUCUAUCAGGAUCUCAAAGGCAAUGCUGAUGUGGGCAUGCUGGAUGCUGACUGAGGAGGAGGAGGAGGAGGAGUACUCCUGAGCCCAGCCCAUCUUUCAUUCCUUUGUUUCUUCAGUGGGUUUGUCAGAACACUGGGAAGAGUGGCUGG